AUCUCUCAAUUCCGCCUUGUCACCACAACAGGGAAGUAGGCAGGACGCUCAAAUGUUGCCCUGAGUUUACGUUCAAGGCAGCGCCCUGUGUUGUCUCCUCUGCUCGCCGUCUCGCCGCCUGGUUCGCGUCUCCUUAUCCGACCCACAAAAUGAGUGGCAUCCCUUUGUCCCGCUCCGAAGUGUUCGGGGAGCUUCGGAAGGAGCUGCACGAAAAGGAAGAGUUUGGAAAGUCUGAUGUUCACGUCUUCAUCAUCAUGGGAGCAUCGGGGGAUCUGGCGAAGAAAAAGAUCUACCCGACUUUGUGGUGGUUGUUCAGGGAUGGCCUUCUCCCCGAGCAGACGUAUUUUGUGGGCUUCGCUCGCUCUGAUCUGACAGUCGAUGCCAUCCGGACCGCCUGCCUUCCAUACCUGAAGGUGGCAGAUAAAGAAGCCGAGAGGCUGUCGACGUUCUUCAGCAGGAACACCUACAUCAGCGGGAAAUACGCCGACGAGGCCUCCUUCUCCAAACUCCACGCACACAUCACAACGCUCCCCGGCGGUCCCGAGGCGAACCGCCUCUUCUACCUGGCCCUGCCGCCCACCGUCUACCACGACGUGACCAAGAACAUCAGGCACCACUGCAUGAGCACCAAAGGAUGGAACAGGGUGAUUGUGGAGAAGCCGUUUGGACGCGACCUGCAGAGCUCCGAGGAGCUGUCCGCUCACCUGUCGUCCCUCUUCACUGAAGAACAGAUCUAUCGCAUCGAUCACUAUCUGGGCAAAGAGAUGGUGCAAAACCUCAUGGUGCUCAGGUUUGGGAACCGAAUCUUCGGGCCGAUCUGGAACAGAGACAGCGUGGCCUGCGUUGUUCUCACUUUUAAAGAACCGUUUGGCACUCAGGGACGAGGAGGGUACUUUGAUGAUUUUGGCAUCAUCCGAGAUGUCAUGCAGAACCACUUGCUCCAGAUGCUCUGCCUGGUUGCCAUGGAGAAACCAGCCUCCACCAGCUCUGACGACGUCCGGGAUGAGAAGGUGAAGGUGCUGAAGUGCAUCGCUCCCGUGUCCAUUUCUGAUGUGGUGCUGGGUCAGUACGCCGGGGAUCCAGAGGGAGAGGGAGACGCCAAGCUGGGUUAUCUGGAUGACACCACCGUUCCCAAAGGAUCCACUCAGGCCACCUUCGCCACAGCUGUGCUCUACGUGCGCAAUGAACGCUGGGACGGUGUUCCCUUCAUCCUGCGCUGUGGAAAGGCUCUGAACGAGAGGAAAGCCGAGGUGCGGCUGCAGUUCAGCGACGUCCCCGGAGACAUCUUCGGGAACCAGUGUCGCAGGAACGAGCUGGUGGUGCGAGUGCAGCCCAACGAGGCCGUCUACGCCAAGAUGAUGAGCAAGAAGCCCGGCGUCUACUUCAGCCCGGAGGAGACCGAGCUGGACCUCACCUACAAGAGCAGAUACAGGGAUGUGAAGCUGCCCGACGCUUACGAGCGUCUAAUCCUGGACGUCUUCUGUGGAAGUCAGAUGCACUUUGUACGCAGUGAUGAACUACGGGAAGCCUGGAGGAUCUUCACCCCGCUCCUUCACCACAUAGACAACGAGAAGCCGCAGCCCAUUCUGUACAGAUAUGGAAGCCGUGGCCCCGCAGAAGCAGACGAGCUCUCCAAGCGGGUUGGGUUCCGUUACGAAGGCACUUACAAAUGGGUGAACCCACACCGACUUUAAGGCGUGACGGGACGGUGGAGGGGCAGCGGUAGGAUGGGAGGAAGGAUGCUGCAGAGUAGGUGAGCCAUCGUUCCAAUACUUUAGAGAAAGGAGAGGUGUUUCCACUGUGUGGACCAUCUAGUAGCAAAGUGGAGAGAUAUUUGGAGGGAAAAAAAAAGUAUUCUCAGGUAUAUCAGUUAUUCCCUGGAGCCUGUUCGUCAUUCCAAUGAGAUAUGAGAAUUAGCAGCAUCAAUAUGUGGUAGUUAUUCAUUUUUCAUACAUUAACAGUGACUUUUUUUCUUUUUUUUUUUUGAGAUGGGACCAAAGCUAUUAAAGAUGAACAAAAAAACAAUGAACACUUGAUAAAUAGGCUCCAUGUCUCGUCCACUAAUAUCCUCUAAAUGGAAUAACUGAGAAACAUGUACAAAACCCAUCAGCCGAGUAACGAUCACGCAGCGUCGCCUCCGAAGAUGGUGACCGAGAAAAGAAACCGGAAACUGUCCAGCAGCUCUCACUCCGACAACCAUCGUGAUUGUAACACCAUAAUGUCCUGACUGCGUUCAUCGCUCACACUUUCUUAACUCGUGUGGUCUUCAUUUUGCCUCCUCUGCCUGGGAUCAAGUUCACAGAUGUUAUAAUAGUCUGUGUAGUUUGCAGGCAGUUUUUUUUUUUCUUCUUCAGAGCAUUCAUACUGCCAUAGUCUUAAUGUCCGCCUGGACAAGCAAAACGAGCUCUUCUCCUAUAGCCUCCCUCCGAGCUUCGCCUCCUUUUUGUUUACAUUUAUUAUUUUUUUCUCUUCCGGAUGUAUUUAAGUGGCUGACUGCAUGUUUCAGACAGCAGAGUUGUCAACGCUGAAUGUCUGUAUUGUAAACUGCUGUUUAAGGCACUCUCAUGUAAGACGAGCUACAUUUUAAAUACUUGUAAUAAACUAGUUUUGCUUCAAG